AAAGAAGCGAAAUGUGAUUCAGCAUCGGAAAUUUGGAUUUGGAACCCAAUUUGUCGUCUGUUCCUGUGUCGCAAAUCGCGAUUCUUUUUUUGUAAUUCUUUUUUUUCCAACAUCGACAAGGGAUCUUCUUAUAAGCAAUUUUUCUAUUGAGAGAUCUUCGCGCAAUCUUUCAUAUCUUCCAAAGUUUAUUUAUUUUUCGUUAAACUUAUCAAUUUUUCACACUAAAGUGAUUUGAACUUCACACACUAUAGCAACAAUGGCCCUGAAUCCACAAUACGAGGAUAUUGGAAAAGGAUUUGUACAACAAUACUAUGCACUAUUCGAUGAUCCAUUACAAAGGGCAAAUGUUGUUAACUUUUAUAGUGCUACAGACUCAUUCAUGACCUUUGAAGGCCUACAAAUACAAGGGGCGCCAAAAAUUAUGGAAAAACUGUCUAGUUUAACAUUUCAAAAAAUUAAAAGGGUAAUUACUGCCGUGGAUUCACAGCCCAUGUUCGAUGGUGGUGUCCUAAUUAAUGUUCUAGGACGAUUGAAGUGUGAUGAAGAUCCACCACAUGCGUUCUCACAAGUUUUUGUUCUUAAACCAUUGGCUGGAACAUUUUUCUGUGCGCACGAUAUCUUCCGUUUGAACAUCCAUGACACGGCUUAAUUUUGAAACUAGAACUGAAUGGUCGGUCCCAAAUGAAGCGAACUACACAAGUAACAAAACAACACACACCCAAACACAUAACUCAUAACGUGUUCUCAAAACUUUAUUAUUAUAAACAAAUCAACAAAAAAAAAAAAAACACUCACUUUUGCCUUUUAUUUCUCAAUUUAAGUGUUAAAUGACAAGAAUUUAUUAAUUAAUAAACAAACAAACAAAUAAGCAGCUUUCACAUAUUUUGUUCUUAAUAAAAAAAAUUAAUAUUUCUAUCAUUUUGUCAAGUCAAGUCCUUUAUAAUUAUUAUAAGCUCGCUAAGUAUCCAUUGAUUAAAAUAAAAAAAAUGUUGCUAUUUUGUAAGAAAAUAUGUAUUAAUAAAUUUAAAAAAAAAAUACCAACAACAAUAACAAUUUUCGGAUAUAAUAAAAUUUUCAAUUAAU